UAACGAAUCACGGGGGGAACACGAACACCCUUGUUUUAUGAAGCUUCAAACCAACUUCUAUGGAUAUUACUUGGGCUGGACUUUUUCAAAAGGGGCUUUUUCACUGCAUAAGCCUUAGGCCUCGCCAAUACCCAUUCCCUCUUUCCAUCAACUUCUAGCAAAAGCGUCUUCUCUUAAGCCCUUAAACCCUAAAAGCCUCUGAAACGCAACAACUCCAUGGCACGGCUAAUCAGACCCUUAAGAAAAUGCAUUCUUUCUCCUCUGUCUUCUUCUUCUUCUUCCAAAAUCCUAGCUCAGCAAAUACCCACUUUGCAUUUUGCACAUGAAGAACAAGUCUCCCUCUUAAACCCCAAGCUCCUCCCACCACAAUGCCUUAGAACUUACAUCUCUGAAAUGCGCAAAUCGGCCUUCGAAGGCCACGUUCUCAGACUGUUACGCAAUGAAAUACAAUAUGAACUCGAUCGCUCUACUCCUAAUCAGCCAGUCACAAAAUUCAAAUCAUUUACAGUUAACGACCGUCCUGGUGAGCAAUGGAUAAGCUUGAGGAGAAAAUUUGAAGAGAAUGAAGACAUAAAGAUUGAAGCCACCAUGUUUGAUGGAGCUGUUCCUGCUCCAAAAUCUAGUGGCCUUGGCAAAGAAGUGCAGCUUCACAUUACCAUGAUUGUCAAUAUCUCCAAGAAGGAAGGUGGUAAUGUGUUGGAGAUUAUGUGCUCAGUUUGGCCAGAUACUAUAGAGAUCAACAAGCUAUUCGUCCGAGAGCCUGAUAACAUGCCAGCUCAGGCUUAUGUGGGUCCUGAGUUCAAGGAACUUGAUGAUGAGUUGCAAGACGCACUUUAUGAAUUCUCGGAAGCAAGGGGUAUAAAUGAUGAUCUUGCUGUUUUCUUGCAUGAAUACAUGAAGAACAAAGAUAAAACUGAGUUCAUUAGAUGGAUGGGAACUGUGAAAUCAGUUAUUGAAAAGAAGUAGAGUGAUUGGUUGUGCAACAUUUUGGAUGAACUUGAUUUAUCAAUCCUAUUUGUGUUGGGUAAUGAAAUUUCAACCUGGUUGCAAUUGCACAUGAUCUUGUCCACUUGUAUUUAACUGAGGGGAAGAAACUAGCACGAUUAUGUAAGUGGUCCUCUAAUGUAUUAAAAUGGUUAUUUGGAAUCUCAUUGUUGUUUUUAA